AAGCACUACGGUAUGCUAGUAAAUGUUCCUGUGAUACCAAGAUCCAGUACACAUACCAGGUAAUGUAUAUAUUACAGAACAGAAAUCUUGUAUGAUCAAGACCAGAAUGUUCUAUUAUGCAGACAAUAUGUGUCACGUCGUUACUGGUGCCGAUUACGUCAUUCCCUAAUUUUUUAAACACAGCUGUUUGUAUUGAUUUAUUUAUCAUUGUUACGUUACAACUCAUGAGCAUUUUCUGUUUAGACCGCGAACACUUUACCCCAUUCCUCUCACAAGAGUUACUCCGCUAAAAGAGCCCACGGUUGAAACCUUUUUUUUUUAAUAUUUCAUUACUACAGCAAUAUUAUCAAACCGUCUGAUCACUGAGUAAUCAAUCUUGGAAAUUUCUGUCUGUCGAUAUAGUACUGAUAUUGAAUAUGAAUCAAAUAAUAUGUUCGCCAAUAUCUCUUAUUAAUUUAACAUAUAUUAAUCAAUUUAACACUAAAAGAAGAAAAUUGUAAGUUAAGUAAAUAAUGUUCGAACUUGUUGCCGAAUUUAUUAACAUUAAAAUUUAGGUUUUACAGCUCAGUUUUUUUUUCUAACAGAUGCAGUUAUUUGCUUGAAAAACUGCUGAAUUAUAGCUUGUUUUAAAUUUUCGCUUUUAAAAAUUUUUUUUUUAAAACUUUGGCCUUAUUCAAAAAAAUUUCCCUGGUGUAUUAAUUUAAAGCUGAUCAUUUUAUUUUAGGACGUAUAGCUAUGGCGGCAGCAUCACAAGCUGGAGGGUCCACUCCACAAGAUGUAAUUAAUAAAAAUGAAUACCAAGUCAAACUGGUUGCUCCCAUCAACGAAUGCUGUGAUUAUUUACUAGAUAUGCUACAUGACCCGGGACGUGGUGACAUGCCGAAAGAUAAAGUAAAACUGUAUCAAGCAUUGAAACCAUUCGAGAAAAAAUUGCAAAAGCAUAAUUUAGAUAUUGCACUUCCAGGAAACGGGGAAACGGAUUCGAAAUCGUUUGAUAUCACAACUCUUUGUGAUAUAUUGAUAAAUUGCUGCCCAAAAAUAAAAAAACCAAAGGGUGGUUGGAAAAUCAAAGCACCAAAAGAAACUGAUUUAAGUGACGGUGCUGAAAUCAUUCGGAUCAGAAACGCAAGAAAUAGUGUUAUGCAUGCUAAAGCGCUAUCUGAGGCAAAAUAUGUUGAGUUAUGGGACGCAAUACAAGCAAUUUUACAUCGGAAUGGUUACGAUAUAAAAAAAAUAACUGACUUAAAAACGCUUUCCUUGAAAGAAUACUGUUUGAAAAAUGAAUUGUUUCAAAUUAAGUUACAAAAAGCAGAACAAGAUAUUAUGAAAGAUGAUGUAAAACAAAAUAAAGAUAGAAUCAAACAGAAUAAAGAUGGAAUCAAACAGAAUGAAGAUAGAAUCAAACAGAAUGAAGAUGGAAUCAAACAGAAUGAAGAUAGAAUCAAACAGAUUGAAGAUAGAAGCAAACAGAUUGAAGAUAGAAGCAAACAGAAUGAAGAUAGAAGCAAACAGAAUAAAGAAGAAAUUAGAGCAUUGAAGGAGGACAAUGAAACUUUAAAAAAAUCGAAAGAGUUCACAAAACUUGCAAGCCUGGAUGCUUUGAAGAUUGUUUCAGAAAAGAUUGGAAGUAAGUGGAAGGAUUUGGCCAGAGGACUAAAAAUCAUAUCAAACGUCACUGUAGACAUAAAUGAUGAAAUUAAAAGAAAGAGACAUAGUGAAGACGAAAGUUCGGAAACUUCUAACAAGAAACAAAAACUUGGCGAAUACAAGGUUGCCCAUAAGAACGAGGAAAAAUGUCUUAAUGAAGUUAACAUGAACAAAUGCUUUGAUAAUAUCAGAAGUGAAAUUCCAUGGGAUGAGCUGAAAAAUCAAUUAAAAUUAAUAGAGCGUCAGGAUAUUGUUGAUACAAUCACGUCAACAACGUGUUGUACGCGCGGGUUGAAAGAGUGCUCCAUAUCACUUAAGCAACAAUACAAGAAAGAAUUAUCGGAUUGGAAAAUGGCUUCAGCGUUUAAAACUGAAUCUGGUAGAAAAUAUACAAUCAAAGAUCGUAGUAAUGCCUAUGUAGACUUGGUAGUAGGGCAAUGGAAUGAAACAUUUGCUAGCGAUCAAGAACACUUUCAAAAGAACAUUAAGUCAAACAAAGAAAAAAUCGACAUAAAGAAUAUCGUUCAGCAAGGUGAUGAAGCCAUUUUAAUUAGAGGUAUUGCAGGUAUUGGCAAGACUUCGUUCGUGGAGAAUUUUGUUUUACAAUGGGCAAACGAGAACAUUUUGACAGAUAUUGACUUUGUGUUUAAAUUUACAUGUCGUGAGCUAAACGCGGUAGGAAAUAUCUCUAGCUGGGAAGAACUUGUGAAACGAUUUUUUCCAAACAUUGGCUAUUUUGAUGGGCUAUUUAAAAAUUUAAUUGAAAACAAUGCUAGAGUUCUCAUAAUCAUUGACGGUAUCGACGAAUUUCGAUACCUUAAUGAUCUAACCAAAUAUUCAGAGGGAAAAUUUGCACAAGAUUUUGUUUCCCUUAUUCACGAUGCAAUCGUCCAGAAGAUAUCCCUACUUUCAAAAGGCAAAGUGAUUGUAUGCGGACGACCGCAGGCUUGUGAUGUCAUUAAAAACAUACUCCAAGAAAAGAAUUCGCAGCUUAAAUUAAUUGAAGUGUCCGGCUUUAGUGAGGACAACGUUGACACUUACAUUAGGAAAUUUUUCCUAUGUAAUGAAGAGAAAAUUAAUUCUUUGAAGACUGCCCUUAAUGAGAUUGAAAACCUUAAAUCCAUGGCUUAUAUACCUAUUUAUUUGUAUAUAAUAUGUACCGUUUUUAAUUCGGAACAGAAGCUGGAAGAACUAAAUACGAUCACAAAAUUGAACAUUGCAGCAUGCUUGGUAUUUUUGAGGGACCACAUGACCGAGUUUAAAGGAAAAAAUUGUGCGCUCAUUAAAUUAUCUGAGAGCGAACAUGUUUUACGGAUGAUUAAAAUUACUUCGGAAUUUGCGUUUAAGUCACUUGAGCAGCAAAGAAUUCUUUUCACACAAAAGGAAUUUGAAAAUGUAGAUAAGGAUUGCUUAAAAACUAUUGAAGAAUCUGGUAUCAUUGAAAAAGUUGAAGGGGAUGAUGAUGGUGACUUUUAUCAGUUCAAGCAUUUGGUUUUGCAGGAAUUUUUUAGUGCUGUUUACAUGUUUCUUGUUGGAAUUGAUGUUGAACCAGUAUCAAAACUUCCAAAUAUGAGGAAUUGUAUUCCUUUGUUGGCUGGGUUGUAUGGAUUACUGAAGAACAAUGAAAACGUCUCUCAGUAUAUCAAGAAAUUUGUUAUUGGUUUAAAUGCAUCACCGAGCGAUUUAACUGUAGAAAACUUGUUCCAAUUCAACGAUAAAGAAAUUUUCCUGUCGAUAUACCACGAGUAUCGAGGUGAAGUUUCAGCAGAUGUUAUAAGACGUGUCUGGAAAAAUAGAAUUUUGAGUAUAUCUUAUCAUCACACUUUUAGCCAGUUUAUUUUUUUUUUUCUGAAGUCAAAAACAGUCGAUUUAGACCUACUAGACAUCGAAUUUAAAAUGGUAGAUGGUCAAAUGAAAGAAAGUGAAAUUCAGAAACUAGUUUCUUUAAAUAGCAUAGAUGAAUUAAUAUUGAAGUUUGUUAGAACAUCCUUAAGUGUCUGGAGUGUAUCAUUACUUUCUGAGUGUAUUUCAAAUGGACUUAAUGUACGGAGCCUAUCUAUAUAUGAAGGAGAUUUAAGCGAUGAUCAUAUCAAAUGUUUACAAAGUUGUAUACCACAUUUACGUAUAUUAAAUCUUACGCGUGAUUCGGAAAUGACGCUAACCUCAAUGCAGCACUUAUCAAAAUCAAUUAAACAAGGUUUCGUAGAGAAUGGACAUUCCCUUUCAGACUUAGGUUUAGUUGAUUUUACUGAUGAGCAUAUCAAUAGUUUACGAUCUUGCAUACCAUGUUUAUCUACACUGAAUCUGUCUUUUUGUUCAGAAAUGACUGUGUAUUCGAUGAAAUACAUAUCAGAUUCUAUUAUUCAAGCAGUUGAAGAAAACAAAAGCAACUUGAAAAAAUUAUGGUUAGCCGAAUGCGAGUUAACUGAUAAUCAUAUAAAAUCUUUACAAAGUUGUAUACCAUAUUUAAAUGAGCUGGAUCUUUCUAACAACGAUGCAAUGUCACCGAUUUCGAUGAAAUACAUAUCAGAUUCUAUUAUUCAAGCAGUUGAAGAAAACAAAAGCAACUGGGAAGAAUUACAUUUAUACGAUUGCAAGAUAACUGAUAAUCAUAUAGAAUCUUUACAAAGUUGUAUACCAUAUGUAAAAGAGCUGUCUCUUUUUAAAAACGAUGCAAUGUCACCGAUUUCUAUGGAAUACAUAUCAGACGCCAUUACACAAGCAGUUAAGAAAAACACGAACAAGUUGAAGAUAAUAGAUUUUAGUGACUGUGGCUUAAGUGACGACCAUAUCAAAAAUUUAUGUUCCUGUCUGCCAAAUUUUGAAAGCGUGAAUCUUAGUGACAAUAAAAAAAUAUCAACGAUUUCGCUAAAAUACAUAUCAAAUUCAGUUAUGGAAGCUGCAAGAAAAAAUGCAAAUCAUUUGAGUCGACUUAUUAUGUCUGGCUGUGGGCUAAAGGCUGAUGACUGCAAAAGUUUGAAAGGUUAUAUACCAGACAUAGUUUUUUAGUAAAGACAAAAGAUACACGUAAAGGACAUUAUAUUAUUCAUUUUCUUGUUUAUGAAUUUUUGAAAGUUAAAUUUCGUUUAAUUAUAUUCUGUCAAACACUAAAGCAUUAGUCAAACAAAGUGUCUAGCUCCACGCCUCAAACUCUAGCUAAAAUUCUAUAAUAGUAUAAAAACAGGCUGUAUUCGUUUCAAACUGUUAAAGAUAGAGGGAAUGACGAAAUGGGUCAAAGCACGGGUGAACGAGUGGUUUUUAUUAUGAAAUAGAUAUAUAAUCAAACACAUUUUAAGCAAUUGCUAUUAAUUUCAAUAAAAGCUUGUUUAAAGAAAAUUGCACAUAUAUUAAUAUAACUAACGAUAUCUUGUAGUCAAGACGAAACAUGUCUUUUAACCAAAAAGAGUUGUUAUUAUUAUUAUUAUUAUUAUUAUUAUUAUUAUUAUUAUUAUUAUUAUUAUUAUUAUUAUUAUUUUGGUGGAAUAUGUCGGACUUUGGUGGAAUAUGUCGGACGUGGUGGAAUAUAUCGGACAUAUGGUGGAAUAUGUCGGACAAGGUGGAAUAUGUUGGACUGGUGGAAUAAUUCUGACAUUAUGCAUAUGUAUUUCAAUUAUUAGCUUUUUGGUGGAAUAUUUCGGACUUUUUAAAUUUGAUUAAAUAAUUUAUUUUGUAGAUGAUCGCUUAUGUUUACCACAAAAAGAAAGCAAAAUUUAUUAUUACAUAACUAAUAAAUUCUACUUUUUCACAAUA